AUGGCCCACUUCUAUUGGUCAGUCCUCUUGUCGCUCUGGCCUCUGAAACAGACGAUUGGCACAAACUCUAGGGCAGUCCCACCCCAGGAAGGGGCACGCUCGGCGCCGGCGCAGUGCAGGUGUUGGCUGCGGCGGUGGCGCGCGGCUGUCGCUGCUGAGGAGAGCGGCCGGGCCGCGCUGCGGAUGGAGCCGCUGCAGAAUGGCGGCGGCAGCCCCGAGGCGGCGGCGGCGAGCGGCCCGGAGGAGAAGCGGCGGUGGGAGCCCGUCCCUUCGUGGCGGCGGCGGCGCAGCAGCAGCGGGGCCGGGGCGGAAGCUGACAGCGGGGCCGGGCCCCACCCCCGCGAGCGGGGCGGUUCCGUGUCCCGCCAGCGCCUCGACUCCCUCCGCAAGAGCCGCCCGCUCUUUCCAUGGUUUGGCUUGGAUAUUGGAGGAACCUUGGUCAAGCUUGUUUAUUUUGAACCAAAAGACAUCACUGCUGAGGAAGAGGAGGAGGAAGUGGAAAAUCUUAAAAGUAUCCGAAAAUACCUGACCUCAAAUGUAGCCUAUGGAUCUACAGGCAUUCGGGAUGUGCACCUGGAACUAAAGGACCUUACCCUGUGUGGACGUAAAGGCAAUCUGCACUUUAUACGCUUUCCUACUCAUGACAUGCCUGCUUUUAUUCAAAUGGGCAGCGAAAAACACUUCUCAAGUCUCCACACUACCUUAUGUGCCACGGGAGGUGGAGCGUACAAAUUUGAGCAGGACUUUCGCACAAUGGGUGACCUUCAACUUUGCAAACUAGAUGAACUUGACUGCCUUAUUAAAGGAGUUUUGUACAUUGACUCAGUUGGAUUCAAUGGACAUUCAGAGUGCUACUACUUUGAAAACCCAACUGAUUGUGAAAAAUGUCAGAAGCUCCCAUUCAACUUGGAGAAUCCAUAUCCUCUCCUCUUGGUGAACAUUGGCUCAGGGGUCAGCAUCUUGGCUGUAUAUUCCAAAGACAAUUAUAAGCGUGUAACUGGGACCAGUCUUGGAGGAGGAACGUUUUUUGGUCUCUGCUGUCUUCUUACUGGCUGCUCCACCUUUGAAGAGGCUCUUGAAAUGGCAUCCCUUGGAGAUAGCACGAAAGUGGAUAAACUGGUGCGGGACAUCUAUGGAGGGGAUUAUGAGAGAUUUGGACUGCCAGGCUGGGCUGUAGCAUCCAGCUUUGGGAAUAUGAUGAGCAAGGAGAAGAGAGAGUCUGUCAGUAAAGAGGACCUGGCAAGAGCAACUUUAAUAACCAUCACCAAUAACAUUGGCUCCAUAGCACGGAUGUGUGCACUUAAUGAGAACAUUAAUCGGGUGGUUUUUGUUGGCAAUUUCUUGCGGAUCAAUACAAUCUCAAUGAGGCUUCUAGCAUAUGCUUUGGAUUAUUGGUCCAAGGGGCAGUUGAAGGCACUUUUCUUGGAACAUGAGGGUUAUUUUGGAGCCGUUGGUGCUUUUCUGGAGCUUUUGAAUUCAGCCUGAGUCAUUACAGAUCCUGCACAUUGGACAUAAGUUGCAGGAGCUUCUACCCUAUUGGAACUCCUACAUGUAUUUAGCUUUUUUUAAAGCAUCUGUUAAGUGACUAUUACAGUAAUUGUACAUGAUGUAAUCAUUGCGGAAAAGGAAAGGACAAAUGAAUUUUUUGUAAACAGCUCAAAUUAAUCCUGAAUCUUAAUGUAGAUUAGUUAAUAAUAAGAAAUAUUUAUCUUCUGAGCAGCAGUUUUUAAUAUAAUCUGCUACAUGUUUUGAGAUAGUGUGGGAAGGUGCGAGAGAGAGAGAGAGCAUAAGUCUCACAUUAAACUAUCCUGUUCUCAAAAGACUUUUUUUUAAAAUGCCAAGUGUCUACAGUGGUAACUAUUUUAUAUUUCACUUGCAAUGUUUGUAUAUAUGGGAUUGAAGGACUUUAAGUAUUUGUGGUAGUAUUGAAUAGUGUAUUGUUUAUGUAUGACAAUUAUCAAAACAGAACCCAGAAAUAUAAAAGCUAACCUUUUUCCAAAAGUCCUUGUUUGUUGCCCUCUUCUGAACACUAUAGUGGCCUGUAAAAACAUCAUCAUACAAUCAGUAAUGGCUUAUUUUCUGGCAAGACAAUCACUGUGCAUAUACACUGUUAGAGAAACAAGAAGUAAGGAUUAAAUCUUUUUUGGGUCUUGCUUUCUGUAAAA